GUUCACGAGCUGCUGAAAGCAAAUCCGCGGAAGGACAUCCAAAAUAGCUAUGGGCACACCGCUGCCAGCUAUGCUGCCACCAACAAGUUCAAGGCCAUCGCGGAUGUUCUGAGCCGGGCUCCGUCGAAGCGGGAGCUUGCGCAACGCGCGGCUGAGGAGAAGCAGCGAAAGAGCAAAGCAGAUGCUGAUCUUGAGGCUGCGGACGACGAUGAGGACCUUGGCCCCCUCGGCGAACUUGCAGAUCUCAUCAAGGGCCGGAAGAAG